AUGAAUCAUUAUAAUCUCAGUCAAAAUCAUAACAUUAUAUCUAAAUAAUGGAAUCCAUAGAUUUAAUUAGAUCUACUGUACUAAUCAAUUAAUAGGCAAAAAUCAAAUGAUAUAUCUGCCAAAGAAUUUGAUUAACAUGUAAUUUAUUGUUUUAAUAUUAGAAAACUCCUUUUCUUAGUUAAAUAUGCAAUAACCAUAAUAAAGAAAUAAUUUUGCUAAUGUUAAUCAUACUGAACCUAAAUUUGGUCGAUUGGCAUGUGUAGAAUGUAUUCAAGAAAAUCCUUUUCAAUAUAUUAGUUUAAAAGAAGCAAAUAAUAUGUGGAAUACUUUUAUAGGAUAAUCAGAAGAUUUAAUUUCAAAACAUAAUUUCAGAAGAGAAAAAACAUUUAAAAUGGUUAUAGAAGAAAUUAAAUAACUAAAAGAUUAUUAUAAUAAUUCAUUAUCAGAAAUGUUGUCGUCAAUAGAUGAAUAGCUAAUUAAAAAUAAUAAAGAGUUUUUAGACUUCCUUAAAUUAGAAAAUAAAUACAUUUUUAUUUAGAUGAAAAAUAAAUUGAGAAAAUGAUUGAUUUAUUAAUCUAAUAAGAUAAAAAUUAAAAUAUUCUAUAGAAAUAGAAGAAGCAAGAUAGACUUGAUAAAUUAUUUUAUCAAAAUGUCAAAUCCAAAUUAGAAACCCUUAUCAAGCAUGAUUUACUUUGCAAGUAAUAAUUGAUGACAAUUUUAUAAGAUUAAUAAGGUAAACUUAAUUGAUUUAAUUUGAGAUAAUUCAGACCUAGGAAAUAAAGCUGAUAUUCAAAUUACUCCUGAAAUACAUGAGUUUAUAUCUAAAUGUUAAUUGUAGGAAUAAUGCUUAUAAAUUUAGAAUGAAUCAGUUGAUUUACAAAUAGAAUUAUAGAAAGAAGCGUAAUAGCUUUAGUAAAAAGGUUAACUUGAGCAGUUUAUUUAAUUUGAAGUAAAAAAUGAUACCGAAGAUUUAAAAUCUUCUUUCCUCUAAUAAUAAUAUAAAUAAUAUCAAAUAAUUUCAGAAAAAUGA